AUGUUUCGUCUUCCGCUGACAACCCACGCCAGUCUUUGCGGGCUCCGGGGCCUUGGCCGGCAGGGCUUCACGAUCCUCCCGGCCCUGACCUACCCCGCCGAGCUCCCCACGCUGUCGUUUGACUACAAAAAAGGCAUCCCGCCGGUGAUUUCCCCCCGCCAGAUCGAGCUCCACUACGGCAAGCACCACAAGGCCUACGUGGACAAGCUCAACACCCUGGGGAAAGGUGAGGAAGGGGCCACCAUCGAGGCGAUCAUCCGCUCCACCCACGGCAAGAUCGACAAGAAAGUGAUGUAUAAUCAGGCCGCCCAGCACUUCAAUCAUAGUUUUUUGUGGAAUUGCCUCACCCCGGGCGGCACCGCGAUGCCGACGCGGCUGGCGGACGCGAUCGCCCAAAAAUUCGGCACGGUCGAUGCCUUCAAGGAGGAGAUGCAGACCGCCGCGGUGAAUAAUUUCGGCUCCGGGUGGACCUGGCUUUGCGUGUGCGCCGCCUCCAAAGAGCUGGUGAUUGUGAAUACGAGCAAUGCGGAAUGCCCGAUUACGACGAACCUCCACCCGAUCUUCACGGUUGACAUCUGGGAGCACGCCUACUACAAAGAUUUCGAGAAUCGCCGCCCGGAUUAUCUCAAAGAGCAGUGGAAAAUCGUGAACUGGGAGUACGUCGAUCAGGCCUACGCAAAGGCGAUGGGCCACACCGAGUAA